GGUUCCAACAAACACUUAAAAUGGCUUCAAAUUCAACCUCCUGGAUGAACAACUCUUCUUGGUCGCCUAGUCGCGCAAGUACUAAAAAUCCCUUCGAUGAUAGUAAUGGAGAUCCAUUUGAUGACGUGCACGCAACACCUCUACAAGACAUUGAAACCGGUACUACUGUACGACUAUCCACCGAAACACAACAACGAGACACAGUUGUUCAAUCUAGCAUUCCCUCAGAAGAGAAACGUAUCAUCGAGGACAUUCGAAAUGAGCGGUCAGUUAUAUGACGACUACUUGAACAUCAACAACCCCUAUAUAUUCAUGCUAACGUUCGUUCUAGUCAAUUGUGUGAAAUAUGUUUGGAACCGGUACGCUUUGCGAAGGAUCGUUACUUGUGGCAUUGCAAGUCUUGCCAUACUGUUGCUCACCAUCGAUGUACGCUAUUAUGGGUCAAGGCAAACAGGGCUGGAAAGACCCCAGCUUGGAAAUGUCCCCAAUGUCAAAAGACCCAACGCUCGUUCCCCACGGAAAAAUGCUGGUGUGGAAAGGGUCAGCCAAUACAUGACCACCAUACCAUUCCGAACGCGUGCUUUGAUGGUGUUUGCGGCAGUAAGUCAAAAUGCGCUCAUGGAAACAAGUCGUCUUGCCAAAAGCCAUGCCAUCCAGGACCAUGCGAGUAUGAAUGCGGAAGGUGUGCCAAUGAUCGUUUACCCAACCCCCCGAAUAUGAAUACUGUUUGGGGUAGAUUCAAAAGCAAAAGUGUAGAUCUCCGCACUAUCUUCUGCGUUUCCAUGUUCAUUUUGGCUCUACUUGGGGGUGUCUCUACCUUUAUCGCCUUUCACAUCAAGUGGCAUACACAACCAUACUUGUAUCCUCGUUUUAUAAAUGAUUAUUCUUUAAUAGAAGAAUUUUGUCUGGUUGUGAUUGGAGUAAUUUAUUUCAUAGUCGGGGGGGUAUUUUGCAUUCGCUACUUACAUAAGGGGACUAAGUUCUUCUUGGAGGUACUCAACGGCAUUCCGGGACAGACUGGAUACAAAUUUAAAUUGUUCCGAACAGUUUUAGGUGGAGGCUUACUAACGUGCUUUAUUGUGGGGCUAUAUAUUAUGCCAGCCAUCGGAAUCCUCGCUGGUCCAGAAACAGAAUGGUAUAAUCAGAUGAAAGACUCUUGCCAGGGGUUUGAAACUCGAGUCGAGAUAGGUACCCAUUUCGCAGCGUCCACAUACACUCUCCGCAGUCUCAAUGCCUCUAUCGAAAACCAAACCUUCUAUCUCGCUCCCAUAAUUACACCACAGUUUGGCAGCAAAGCGCCUUACCAAUACUUUCAUCGUUUCUCCGGUAGCACAGCUAACACUCCAAAUUAUGCUAUCGAUGUUGAUAUAGAUCAUGGUGUCUGGCGCGAAUUGCACUUCAAUGGAACGGAUGAGCUCACGAAAUGGUGGGCUAGCGGCCGGAAAAAAUACCCUUCAGUUCAUCCUAUCUUUGAUAAUAUCAAUACAAAUGAAAGUGCAACUAAGCUGAAUGGUACUUUCGUAACGCGUAACGGCCACCUCUGGCUACCCGAUUUCGAUCUGAUAAUUCAAGGGUUAGAAGAUUCACGCAAUCAUGCCGAAAUUGAACCCUUCAUUCGGGUGUUCGAUACACAAGGUCUUCCUCACUCACGGACCGAAAAGCUGUUGAGCCCCAAGUGGAACUGGAACAACAGGCGGGACCCGAGUAUUGUAAUGCGAACAGCAAGUUUUGGACAUGGCAAGCAGAGAUUGGAUAUGUGUGUAAAAGAAAAUUUUUAUUACAGCUCCAGCGGGGCACAGCAAAAACUUGAUGGCGUGAGUGAUGGGUCUAUUAUGCCAUUGGCAAUCAUUGCGGCAUUUAGAAUGAGAAUGGACGAGAUGGAUGCAUUAGAUGCUGGCAAAUCUUUCGGCGUCAAAAAAUCUUCAGAAUAUGAUGGUUUUAAGGCUAUGUAGCAUAAAUUUCCAACCCCUUCCACAGCAUUAGUAUAAUUAAUACUUAACAAGAAUAUCA